CCGAUCGCUCCGUAAUUGUCGUCGCCGUCGACAAUUUAAUUAUUAAUUUUUGUUGAAUCGGCAUUUCUUGACUCUCGCUCAGUAUAUGAAAUAAUAUUUUGUUAUAUAUACAACAUUACAAUACAGUUUUCUACAAAACCUAGUGAUAACGGCAAAAACUGUUGUCAUAUUCGGUUACCAGUGUAGUCAACUAAAGGAAACCAACACAACAUUUUGAUAAUAGUCACAUGCCUUAUCACACUAUACUGAGGUAUUCAAAAUUCCAACGGUGGGCCAAAGUCACCUACCGGGCAUAGUUACCACAAGUUAUGGUAGUUAGUAGCUGUUUGUCCUUGCAGAGAAGCACAAGCACGCACAUAUCUGGCUGGAUUUGCGCUUCAUAUUUGUACUUAAGGCGCGGUCUUGUCUAUUACGUCGAAAACGCUACCGAGCACUCGUGCUCGGAAAAUCCUAACCAAGCGCGGAAACGUCUGGCAUCGAUCUUCGGUUGAAUUUUUCGUCAGCGAGAGCUAAAGGAUACUAAAGGAUAACUUUCAACAAUAUGGAAAAAAGUAAUAGUUAUAAAUAUGGAAUCAAAUCAACAUUAGCUCAAUGCUGGGCAAUAUCAGGAACAUGGUUAUUAGAAAUUGUAAACGGCAUGCAAGUUUUAACAUCCACUAUAGUUAUAGGUGCCUUGGAAAAUAAUGCAUCUAGAGAUGAAAAUGAAUUUUUGACAAUAACAAGCGAAGAAGCAUCUUGGUUUGGUAGUUUGUCAUAUUUGUUCAUACCUCUGGGAAAUCUUUUAUCCUUACUUUUACUGGACCGACUUGGUCACAAGAAAUGCAUGAUACUGGCAAAUAUACCAUGCCUAUUAGCUCAGAUUAUGUUGUAUUUUGUUAAAAAUGUGGAGAUGUUGUAUGUUUGUUCAAUGCUAAUGGCAUUGAGCAUAGGGUUUCUGAGCGCCCCAAUUCUUGGGUAUCUUGGUGAAGUGUGCGAACCAAAAUUAAGAGGUAGCUUGACUUCGACAUUGACCAUAUUUUACUAUGUGGGAACCAUUAUAUUGACAAUGUUGUAUAGUAUUACUAAGCAGUGGAGAUUGACGGUGAUAAUGUCUGCGGUGUUUCCAAUUAUAACCGUUAUUAUAUUAUUAAUGACUCCAGAUUCUCCUAUGUGGUUAUUAGCCAAAGGAAAACAUUCAAAAGCACAUCGAAACCUCAGCAAAUUGAGAGGAAAAGUUUCGUAUGACAAGUGUGAAAACGAAUUUCAAGAAAUGGUCAGAUACAAUAUGCCCUCUAACAAUGACGAACCGCACCAUAAGGAAAAUACAAAUACAUGGAAACAAUUCUUUGAACCUGCAGUACUAAGACCUUUUUGUCUAUCGAUGAUGUACUUCCUCUUCAAGAUUUUAUUGUCCGGAUCACCAUUAGUACCAUACUUAGUAUCAGUGUUUAAUAAAUUUGGUGCACCUGUUAACGUCGAAUGGACAAUAUCGUUUGCUAUGUUUCUUUCUAUAAUAGGAAGUUUAAACUCAGUUUUUCUAAUGCCUAAAUUAGGGAAACGAUUUCUUACAUUAUUUACGUUAUCGAUUUGCUCCAUAUGUUAUAUACUCAUUGGAUUAGUUGGUAUUUAUUGGAAAAACGCAGAAUCAAUAACCUCUUGGAUUAUACUUGUACUUUAUCUUACUACUGUUUUAAUUUCAUCAUCUGGAAUAAUACCAAUCUCAUGGAUACUUAUCACCGAAAUAUUUCCUGCAAAGUCUAGAAACAUUUUGUGCAACAUAUCUUCAGCAUUAUUCUAUGUGAUGACGUUCUUUAUGACAAAAUAUUAUCCAAAUUUUUCAAUUUUAAUGGAAUUUUAUAAUGUAUUUACUAUGUGCGGUAUUUUUGGUUUAUUUGGAUGUACAUAUUUCUAUUUUUGUUUACCAGAAACUGAAAACAAAACAUUACAAGAAAUUACUGAAUUUUUUAAAAUGGAGUCCAAUAUUAACUAUAAAUACAGCUUUAAAUCCAUUCUCGCUCAAAGCUUGGCACUGGCUGGUCCGUGUUUCAUACAGAUCGGUAUCGGCAUAGAACUCACAUGUUCUACAGUAAUUAUUGGAGCGUUAGCGAGCAAUAAGAACAAAAACGGUUUGCAACCUUUAACGGAUGAACAAGCGUCUUGGUUUGGUAGUCUUCUUUUCUUGUUUACACCCUUGGGCAGCGCACUAUCUUCGUUAACGCUGGACCGGUUCGGUCACAAGACGUGCAUGAUAAUAACCAACAUACCGUUCAUAGCGUCGCAGAUCAUGUUCUUCUACGCCAACAGCAUUGGGACAUUGUAUGCAUGCUCGAUGCUGAUGGGGCUUAGCGUCGGUUACUCAGGUGGGCCAUCUUCCGCCUACAUCGGUGAGGUGUGCGAGCCGAAGCUGAGGGGCGCGCUGAUGUCGGCGACGAACGUUUUCUUCUACGUGGGAUCGUUAUUGUUUACGUUGAUAUAUGCGAUCACAUUGGAAUGGAGACUAACGGUGCUCAUUGCCAUGUCCGUUCCAAUCACGACCGCCGCUAUAUUGUUUAUGACGCCACAAUCUCCAAUGUGGUUGUUGACCAAAGGUGAAUCUUUAAAGGCACAGCAAACGCUUGGCAAAUUAAGGGGAUGGCCGUCGCAAGAAACGGGUUCAAGCAAAGAGUUCAAAGAAAUGAUAGCUUAUACGUCUUCUGUGAUAUACGAUGAUGAUGACAUCGAGACAGACAAGAAAGAUGUAACAAGUUCUUGGGGACAACUCUUUCGGCCUGAAGUUUACAGACCAUUCCGUCUGUUUUUGGUUUAUAUUUUUUUCGCAAAUUUAUUGUCUGGAGUACAGUACGGACCAUAUCUAGUAUCAGUAUUUACUAAAUUCGGUGCACCCGUUAACGUCGAGUUUACAUUAGCGUUUUCGGUGUUUUUAUCAACAAUUGGUGGAAUAAUAACAAUAUUCUUGAUAAAUAAACUCGGCAAACGAUUUCUCACAUUUACGACGCUAUUAAUUUGUUCAAUUUGUUACAUAUUAAUCGGAUUAAUAGGUGUGUAUUGGACAAACUCAAAACCUACUACUUCUUGGUUGGUGUUAAUACUCUUUCUUACUACUACUUUCAUGUCAUCGAUUGGGAUAAUGCCUAUCUCAUGGGUACUUCUAACCGAAAUAUUUCCAAUGAAGAGUAGAAACAUUACCUGCAGCGCAGGUUCAGCACUGGGUUACUUAAUUUCUUUCUUCAUGAUCAAGUAUUAUCUCGAAUUGUCCAACUUUGUGAAUUUUUAUAAUACUUUUACUUUAUUUGGAAUUUCGGGUUUAUUUGGUACUGUAUAUUUCUAUUUUUAUCUGCCAGAAACUGAAAACAAAACAUUACAAGAAAUAUCUGAAUUUUUCAAAUAAAAUGUCUGUUAUCAUUAUUUAAAUACGAAUGAAAUGUACUUCAUUAAUAAACUCGAUAAAAAAAGGUAAUUGAAAAUAGAAGCAAAGUAAAAGGCACUAGACAACGCUAUAUUCAAACCAACUACAUUUACGUUUGUUGUAGGAGAUCGUGAUCUCUGCAGCGUUGGUGUUUAUGCUUGAGUGAUUUAGACCUAAUGUUGAAAUUAAAUUGAAUUCUUAAUAAAUCAUCUUAAUCAAGUUUAUAGGAAUUAAGUUAUUAUUUAUUCAUUAUACGCAGUUAAAAACUCAUAAAAUAUAAUAUCUAUAAUAAUAAAUAAUAUCUAUAAUAUCUUGUUAACAUAUAUGAU